AUAUAUAUAUAUAUACACACACACAUAUAUAUAUACAUACUUAUAGAUGUUUGUUUUUCUUUCUCUUCUAUCCACUUACAGAACAUGGAGGGGGAUCAACAAGUUCAAGGAGUUGCCGCGUAUCAUCGUCAUCAUCAUCAUCUUCAUCAUCAUCAUCGUCUUCAUCAUCAUCUCAAUCUCAUUCCCAAUCUGCUGCCACUUCCUCUACAUCCUCGUCUUCCACGAUGGCAUCCAAGCCUUCCACCUUGCCGUCAUCUGGCGAAGCUGAGUUAGACGGCCCCACAUCAUGUGUGACGUUUGCAGAUGGUGGCGCUCACUGGUACCGUUCAUCAGCAGUUUUACUCAGGUUCCAUAAAUGGUUUAACAAACCCAGUUCAGAAGAUACUGGAAAACCUCCUGUGCUUUUAGGGUCAUGUAUAAAAUGUGAUGCCGGCUUGCGCCUGAUUGAGCUAAGAGUUGAGCCAGAAGGCCAGGUUUUCUGCCACUGGGAAUUCCUUCAAAGCGAUCCACCUCGCAUGUUUCUGCUGCAGAAGUCACGCCUAAAAAAUGCACCAAACUUUGAUGCCGCCACUCAAGUUAUCACUGUGUUAGCCGAAGAUUCUUUUGGAAAUAUUUUAAAGAAAAAACUCAAAAUUGCUGAUAUUGAAGACUAAAUUCUUGUUGUUGCUGUUAUUGUUGUUGUUGUUCUCUUUGUUUGUUGUUGUUGUUGUUAUCGUUCUUGUUAUUUUUUGUUUUAUUUGAAGUCUUUUUUAAAAGUUUUGUAAACUUUUUAUUUAUUUAUUUAUGUUCACCUGAAAUACAUUAAAAAAGAGCAUAAAUCAAUGCAAUGUCUUCAA